CUAAAAAAUGGGAAAAUUUUCCCUUAUAAAAUUAAUAACUCAGCCAAUCGCUGCAGUACUCUCUGUUUUGGUAAACUCCGUUCUCAUUCUACUGGUUAUUACAAACUCCCCACGAAAAAUGGGAAGCUAUAAAUACUUGCUCAUAUAUUUUUCAGCUCUGACAAUUGUAUAUGCAGCUCUUGACUUUGUUGCAGCCCCGUACAUGUUUAAUGACGAAUCGACAGGAGUAGUUCUUGUGGAUUUGCGGAAUAAUUUAUUAAAGGACCAUCCAGAUAUUUUGAUGUUUAAUUUUGUUUCCGGGGUUGCGUGCUUUGGAUCAAGUCUUUACGCUAUUGCAAUCAAUUUUAUAUAUCGAUAUUUUGCUGUUCAAAGAGAAGGCCGCCUCCGAUACUUUUCCGGAUUUCGCCUUGUUUUUUGGAUUCUUUUAUCAAUUCUCUGUGGAAUCAUGACAGGGUUCAUGUUCUACGCAAUAGGUUCUCGUCAAGAAAUCUCACAGGGUUUGAGAGAAAAUUUGGAAACCAUGUAUGACUUGGAUAUAAAUCAAACAAUAUAUUAUGUAUUUUUGUAUUGGCAACCUAACGAUGGAAGUCAAUAUUUUACAGCAAGAGAUAUUAUGGCAAAUAUGGGGAUAACCAUCUUGAUGAUGAUUCCUAUUCUUCUCAUCGUCUUUUUCGGAACAAAGACUUAUCGAAAAGUCAAGAAUCUGACAACUCAUGGAAAAAGUGAAUACUCAAAGCGGCUUCAAAUGCAACUUUACAAAGCUCUUGUCGCACAGAUAAUUAUUCCAUCUGUUUUCCUGUUUCUCCCGACUUUAUUAAUUGCUGCAGGUCCACUUUUCAAGCUUAAUAUUCCAUGGGCUAGUCUUCCAUUAUCUAUUUUAUUUUCAAUUUUCUCAGUGAUGGAUUCUAUUAGAAUUAUUUUUCUUGUAGAUGAGUAUAGAAAUGCACUUUUUGAGUUUUUCGGAGGAUUCUGUUGUGUAAAUGAAGUCGUUCCCGCUUCAGCUCGUGAUACCAGUAGCGAUCAGUUGGGAGGGAUUCUCUGA